AUGGAGGAGGGGUGCCGGAACCCGGCGGCCUACCUCCCCGACGACCUGGUCGUCGAGAUCCUCUCGCGGCUGCCGGCCAAGUCGCUGUGCCGCUUCAAGUGCGUCUCCCGGUCCUGGCGCGCCCUCAUCUUCUCCGACAGGUUUUCUUUCGCGCAGACCCUGUCGGGCUUCUUCUUCGGCAGUCGCCGCGACAUCGCCGGCUUGCCGCCUCCUCUCCCCGGAGUCGAUACGGCUCUCUCCUUCCUGCCACCCAGCGGCGGGGAGAUAGAGCUGCUCGACUCCUGCAACGGGCUCCUCCUCCUGCUCUGCUCCCGCGAGCCCGGAUCGUCGUCUGCAAUCCAGUCACUCUGGAAUUGCCGGUGA